AUGAAGCUCUCCUCGACCCUUUUCGCCGCCGCCGUGGCCUUCCUGGCCCCUGGCUCCCUUGCUGCGGACCCCAACGACUGCAGUUCGGCGGCCAAGGCCCGGACCGGAUCCGACUUCGUGCUUGUCGAACAGGCCGACAACAAGAACGUGGCUUCGUUGGCCAAAAUCCUGAAGAACGUUACUGUGGCUACCGUCUUCAACGAUGCCAACCACCAGAUGACGACCCCUAGCACCGGUCGAUUGGCUUGGCAAGCGACGUCCGACUUCAACGACAUGGCCACCACAAAGUGGGUGCCGCAAGGUCUCACUACGACGGCCGAUGCCGACGCCAGCGGCAAAUAUGAGGGCAAGGACGGCUUUAUCGUCAGCUGGCACCGUGACGACGACAAGAGCGUGCGCAUCACCUUUGUCGACCGCGCCAACAAGAAGUACCGCCACGCCCUCCUGGUGUAUCCUCAUGCGGCCGAUGACUUCCGUGAGGUGCCUGUCCAUGCCGGCGGCAUUGCGUGGUACGGCGACAAGCUGUACGUUGUGGACACCAGCAACGGUAUCCGCGUCUUCGAUCUGGCCAACAUCUGGCAGGUCAGCACCGGCGACGCUGUCGGCAAGAGUGGUAGCACCUACACUGCGGCUGGCUACAAAUAUGUUAUUCCCCAGAUUAGGUGGUACAAGUGGUCGUCUGACUUCCCCUUCCGCUUCUCGUACAUCUCGCUGGAUCGCACCGGCUCGCAACACGAGCUCAUGGUCGGCGAGUACCAGACCGACACGACCGGCCCAAUCCGCUUUGUCAAGUACGCGCUUGACUCGACCACUGGUCGCCUUAAGACGACUAGUGCAACUGCCAAGGGCACUUGGGCCUACUGCGUCGGCAUCGAGCGCAUGCAAGGCGCCGUGUCGGCCAACGGCAAGAUCUAUAUCUCGCGCAGCAACGGUGCCAGCAACGGCGAUCUCUGGGGUUGGGUCCCCGGCAAGGCCGCUUACAACAACGCCGGUUUCUUCCCGCAGAGCCCGGAGGACUUGAGCUUUGACUCGCGCAAUGGAGGUCGCGUCUACACCCUCACCGAGGCCACGGGCAAGCGGUACAUCAUCGACUCUGACUCUUCGAAGGUCAGGUUCUCCUAG